GUGGAUCAGUGAUCCUGCAGAGUCCUGUCCUCCCUGUGAUGGAGGGUCAUGACCUCACUCUGAGCUGUCAAUCAAAGACCCCUCCCUCCAACCCCUCAGCUGCUUUCUAUAAAGAUGGCUCCCUCAUCAGGACUGAGCCUACAGGUCACAUGACCCUCCAGCAUGUUUCCAGGUCUGAUGAAGGUCUCUACAAGUGUCACAUCAGGGAUCAUGGAGAGUCUCCAUCCAGCUGGAUCUCUGUCUCAGCUGCAGCGACCUCCACCAGAAACCCCGAUCUUUCUGUUCCAGUUCCAGCUUCAGCCCCGCCUCCUACCUUAGCCUUUAACCGCCUUGUGUUCAGGGUCGUGCUCCACCUGGUGGUGAUCUGUCCGUACUGCAUCGCUACUUUCCUGAUGGUGUCUUUUUACCGACAGAAUGCCUCCAGUAACUGAUUACUUUUCUGAUCUGUCAAUCAAACUGAUACUGAUUGACAACUGUCAACCCUCUGCUUCUACGGAUACAGUCUGUUUCCAUGGGAACCAGCUGAUCUGGGUUUGAUUGGUAAAACCAUCGCUGUCACCGGUUGUUAUGCUACUGGUUAACCUGAACUCUGACUGAUGAAGGUCUCCUGCUUCUAUUUCCUCUUCUGUUCUUCAGUUUGCUUCAAUAAAGUUCAUGAUUUCAAUCAGAA